AUGGCCGUCGCAGCCUGACACCCCGUGCGAGUCUCGACGCACCCUGUGUUUCUCGUGUCGCCAAGGGGAUUGUGACCACUCGUGCGAGCCAGAAAAUCACCUGAGUACGAGGCAACGGACAACUGCGACGAUCUCGCGAAUUCGCUUACGGAUCACGAGGAUUCACGAGGGAGGAGACGACGCUGCGAAAAAAUUCGCGUCGUCAAGAAGGAAGGAGCGUUAUCCGACAAGGCGACGGCGACGAAAAAAUCCGUCAAGCUGGCGCCGUUCAAGUUACGUUUCUCGAAGAUGCUGAAGUCGCGGAGUACCGGCGAUAACCGCAGCAACAGCGUGGAGACCGAGGAACAGCAACGGCAGGUCGAUCGAUCGUCGCUACCCUCGGACGAGUACGCGGAUGCGGCCGAGACAAAGACGGACAAGAACUGUUUGUCGGUGAGGAACGAACAGACGAUCCCCAGCUCGCCCCCGCCUUCGUACGAGCACGUCCUCGAGGAGACACGAAUGGAAUCGUCGGCCGUCGCGUUACGGGAGGCGAAGGAGGGAGACAAGGAGAAGCAGUUCCUCGGGAAUGAGAAGAGCACGCCGGUGGAGGCCGAGGGCGGUGAUGGGGGCGACGACGGUGGUGGCGGGCCCGGAGGCGGUGUGGAUAGAAGAGCGGCUAAAGGACCCAAGAUACUGCACAAAUCGAGCAAAGAAUUCUACAAGGCAAUGGCGAAACAGUGGGGCAUAACUUGCAAGAUGAGCGAUCACUGCAGGUGCUUGGAUUGUCAGAGUCAUUACUUCGACUGCGACUACGAGAAGGACGAGCAAGAGAAGGGCGACGGCGGCCUCAGCGCCGGAACACCGAUGUUCAUCUCCGAGGUGAUGCACGGUACCGCCUGCGCCCUUCUGUAAGAAUCGUCGCUUCCACUCCGGUACCGCAUCUCCCGACGGGCAAGACGUCUACCUGAUUAUUACACGCACAAAACGGAGAGUCGACGCCUAACUAAGCGCGGCGAGUCAGCCUCGGCAAUAGCGCGUCGUCUCGCGCGAUAUACAUUUAUAUAUUCUACUAAUAUAUAAAGAGAAUACACGAUGUGCGUCACAUAUUACACACACACACACACACAAAGAGAGAAAGGACAGAGAAAUAUCUCCGCUCGUUUCACCAACGUAGGACGAGGAAGCUGUUCGCGCGCGAUGCACGCCGACCUUCCUGUGUCGCGCGAAAGCAACCAUAGAUUCUUUCGAUUUCUCGUACACGGAAGUCGUGCGUUCAACUUAGCGGAAGUAUAGCGAAGGAGAAAGAGACGCAACAAUGUGUAUAUAUUUGGCCAAGAAUUGAAAUAUCACGCAUCGUGAUACAAACAAUAGCACCUUGGACGGUAUUCUCUCGCGUUUACAUCGCGAUCGUAAUUUCUAUAAUUCUCGCGAAACGCGAAGGAAAUGGGAAAGCUUCCAUCACGGCGGUGGGUAUUUAAAUCAAUCAAACGUAUCCCGGAAGUCGAGUGUACGCUUACUUUGCCCUCCAACGAUUUGACAUUACCAACACUCGGAUGCAACGUGCGUGAUUGUUGUAGCGUGUUUCGUUGCGAAGAGCCAAUCGACUACGUUGUACCGAUCGGCCUAUAAAGUAUUUUCGAUAUUCCCGAUGACCCCGUGAUAUUACUCUCACGAAAUUCUCCACGCGAAUUCAUCCUCGUUCACGACCGGCGUAUGACUUUACAAGACCAAAGGGAAUCCGGUCGGUCAUCGCGUAGGCGUGGGGCUUUAUUACUGUCAAUUGCAUCGCGCUCGUUAGAAUUGGAGUUUUAUGAUAGAGUGAUGAGAGCCAUUGUGAACGUGACAGUGCAAAUAAGACGCCUCGUUUUCAUCGCUUUGUUACCGUCGCGCUUCAAACAUUCAUUUUGCCAAGCGCCGACGAUUGAUUUCAAUUGUAAAAUUGUUCGCGUUAAUUUUUGUCGCGCAGGUGUGUCAAAUGUAGCGUAAUUUUAUGUGCCGCGCAGCCGAGAAACGCUCGGAAAGAUUUCGACAUUUUUUCCAUUUGACGUAGCGUGUUCGAGUGUGCGCCCAUAGGUUACCGAGAACCUGACUAAAUGUUCUCGCUGAGUCGCCGAUACGCAAUGGCAGUUACGUUGACAAUUGCGAAUUUGUUCGAAUGUGACGUUAGGCGUAUAUCUGCAUCGAACGAUACGGAAAGUCGAAACAUAUGAUAUGUAAUACUCGACCCGUUCCGUUGCUGUUUUCCAUCGCGAAAUCGCCGGGAAACGCGACACAUCUCGAGCCUACUUUUCGAACUUUGUAAUAUCAUCGCGGAGCGUCUUUGAUAUUAAACCGUCGUACACAUCGAGAUUCUAAGGCGAGCGCGCACUACCAAGUGCGGAGCGCGCCGAAAUUUCAAUGUCGAAGACAUGGUAUUGUCGCGUGACUUUUUCUCGUAACAUUACUGACAUCCUCCGCGAAUAUCGAAAGAAACCGCGGCGUUUCUUCGUCGUCGUACUGGCGCGAAAAGGAAAUUCGCUUCUCUCUCCUCAGGGGGAAGAGGAGAUCCUCUUCGAGGAUACGUGCAUCGAAAAGCGGAGAUUUCACGCAUCCUGCUACGCGCAUUUCUCAACCGUAGUUAAAUAACUGACGAUUGUUAGAGAAAAAAAAGUAGUGAUUUUCCGCGAAGCACGCGCUCGAGGGGACGCGUCGAAACUCACGAAACACAUGAAAGUACAAUAGGUGACAAAAUGUCGUCGAGCACGCGCCCAACGAGGCGACGGUAAUCCUGCGAAUCCGUAGUGAUUCUCCGGACAACGAGCGAAGGAUUUUAGGGAAACAUGACACAGUACCUGCCUAAUACGAGUCUUUACGAAGAACCAUUUUUUCCGCACGUCCCGGCGAGCAGGGGAGAAACCGUGCGCGGUCUUCGCCGCGCUGCUUUUAUAUAAAACGUCCCCCCGUUAUACUCUUGUACUUUGAUUAACGACGGUCACUCUUUCAACGACAUGGCUUUCAUAUCCCGAUAUAUUUUCCCCUUGUAACGUCAGGUGCAUUGCACACGGCUCGCGGCGGUGGAUUUUUCGGGAACGCACUUUUCCGGCGCAGCGUCUUCUUUUACUCUCGAGAAAGUUUUCCGCCCUCCGUCGAUAUACGACGGAUCCGUUGCUACCGUUUCUACCGGAUACGCUCGUUCCAGGGACGAGAAAAUCGUACCCUUUUGCGUGCUCGUGAGGACAAUUUUCCGAUGCAGACGCGGACAAUUUCCCGACGAGAGCUAGAGCGAUUUAUCCGUUCGGGAAAUUAAAAACGCAAACGUCACCGAUAUUCGUAUGUUAUUGCACGCUGUUCGUUUGUUCGUUUAUAGUUUAUGCACGCGUAUGUAUGUGUCGUGUGUAUGCAUGUGUGUAUGUAUGUAUGAUACAGAGGUAAGUUAAACAAUAAUAGACAAAGAAUAUAUGCAUCUGUGACGCGAAAAGAAAUAUAUAUUAGUGGAUCGCGAUUAGAGAGAGAGAGAGAGAGAGAGAGAAAGAGAAUGAGGGAGAACACGACGAAAGCUGUUUAGCAUUACGAUCGGUGCUUCCGAUUAGCCUUAUUAUCGGAUGAAGUUACUGAUUAUCGGAUAAAAUAAGUUAUAAUGUCGCAACAGCUGUCGAAGGAUCACUGGACAAUUCUGACUAGACGGAAACACUAAUCGAAUCGUCACUUACGAAUUAUUUUUCAACAUCCUGCAGAGAGGGAUCGUUUUUAUCUCCUACACUACGUAUAAUUCGAAGGCACGAAUGAAUGAAGAUGCGAUUUAGCGUUAAUUAUUCGACUCGAUAACUGAGAAUGACGUACGCAGACCACGUCUACAGAUUGUCCGACCGACACGUGAUUCAGUUUCUCUCGACGGGAAUCGAUCGAGUGCCAUUUUCCUUCACGCAUACGCUUUAUCUCCGAGCAUCGUGGUGACUAUCGGUGAUAUCUAUACGGUCGCUCGAGGGCGGCUUAUAGUCUCUCCGUCAUUCUCAUUACUUCGUUUGCCUGUAAAUAUCCCGAAGCAUCAGAUAGCAAGUCCGCGACGAACGUAAGACAAAUAUUUAAACGUCGUCGACAUUCGAUCGUCGCAUUCGAUAGAGACGUACCGUUUACAAAUCGGUAUAGAUCCGGUCGGAGAAACGAGUAUACAUCGAUGCGCGGUAUCGGAGAACGAUCUUAUGAAUUGGCGACCGAAUCCGACUACGAUAGACCAGAAUAUUGUAAGAAAUGACACGGUGUAAACGAUCGGCGUAUCGUAUAUGCUAUAGCACAAAUCUCCGACAGUUAGUUCUAUUUUGUAAACUAUAAUCCACGGAAAGAAUCAGCGAGGCUGAGGUUGGCCGAAAUGUCAAUUUGUUCGCAGCCGAGCCACAAUUUGCUGUCGCAAAUGCGCUCUUCUCGUUCGAUGAGCAGCGUCUGUUCGUCGUUAAUUGGAAUAGUUCUCGCGUUUAAACCGAUCACGGAUCAAAGCUUAGGCGAGACGACACUCUGAGAUCUAGUCGACGUAUGUAUACAUAAAAUAUCUAUUCCGUGUACGUACGAUAUAUAGAGGAAAUGUGUAAUGCGGCAGAAAAUCAUUGUAUAGAGAAUACUGACUGUAAAACUCGAUGUACUCUAACAAACAGCACCAAUAAACGAGGCCUAACCAAAAACGAAAUUUUCAUUCCUAAAUUCU